GUUCGCCAAAAUGACUCGGACUUCACAAUAGUGGAGCGGCGCGGCGGAGGAUCCCCACCCGCGAGCAUGGCGCUGUGCUAGUGUAUUAAUGAAGACCGGAGAGAGCAGACGGAGACGGAAAACACUAGCAUGCGCCCCGAUCGCUUCAAGUAAUCUGAUUUUAACGGACUGUGUGUUAAUUCACCGAUGCCAGAGGCAGUCCGCUGGGUUUCUCCACGCAGUCUUCGGUUACUUCUAUAGGAUGGUGAGCUGAGCAGAUAAAAAGCACACGUUAUUGGGGAUUGCACCUAUCCAGCCGUUCCCCGUUGUGAAUUACAGGCGCGCGCGGGCCGCCGGUGCUCCGUGAUCAUGAAGCGCUGCAGCUGCGGGAAGCGCGUCUUUGUGCGAGGCGUGUUUAUGUCCGCGGACAGACUCGUUUAAACGCCCUAAACAUGAAUGCCAUUGUCAUGUCGAGUGCCGUUUGAGUUUAUUUUGAUUCUUCGAACCGUUCAGACCGGAGAGAUGCGUGAGUAUAAAGUGGUGGUGCUCGGGAGCGGCGGGGUCGGUAAAUCCGCCCUCACCGUGCAGUUCGUCACCGGGACGUUUAUUGAGAAGUACGACCCGACCAUCGAGGAUUUCUACCGUAAGGAGAUCGAGGUGGACUCGUCGCCGUCGGUGCUGGAGAUCCUGGACACGGCGGGCACGGAGCAGUUCGCGUCCAUGCGGGACCUGUACAUCAAAAACGGACAGGGCUUCAUUCUGGUCUACAGUCUGGUAAACCAGCAGAGCUUCCAGGACAUCAAGCCCAUGAGAGACCAGAUCAUCCGAGUCAAGAGGUAUGAGAAGGUUCCGGUGAUCCUGGUGGGGAAUAAGGUGGAUCUGGAGGGUGAGCGGGAGGUGUCUGUGAGGGAGGGACAGGCGCUGGCCGAGGAGUGGGGCUGUCCGUUCAUCGAGACGUCUGCCAAGAGCAAGACCAUGGUGGACGAACUCUUUGCUGAGAUCGUACGGCAGAUGGACUACGCGGCACAGCCGGAUAAAGAUGAUCCGUGCUGCUCCUCCUGCAAUAUACAAUAACCCCCCAACACACACACACACACACAGAGUACUCACAUUACAGUAGCUUUGAUAGACCUUCUAGCGUUGACGGUUUUCCAUCAUUCUGUAUCUGCAGACUGACAGUAACUUUGAGGAUUUUUUUUUCUUUCUUGUCACUUUAAAUCCUGACUGACUCAACCACAGGAAGAGCACUUGCCUUAGGUUUCACGUUUCCUGUUUGAGCAGGAACCUUCAGUGGCGAUGAGUUGGACUUUUAUGUUCUUGGUCUUAUGGUAUUGAUGCUUUUAUCUGAGUUUGUCACCAGGUCAAAGAGAGAGAGAGAAAAUAAGAGGGUUCUUAGCCAUAUGCUUGAUAUAGCCAUAUAAUCAUUUAAUGAAGACUUUCUGAUUGUCCAUUUAUUUGGGAAUAGAUCCCUCAAAGUCAUCGGUAUCUCAUCUGAAACAUUAAGAGGUAGAAAAACAGUCAGGUGACUUUAGCUUUGUUCCAAAACCUAGUUAGUCGCCUAUCUAGACAGUAUGUUAAGGGUGUUCCCUAUGAUUUCACAGAAUGCAUUGCGGUGAGCUCUGAAAAAUUCCUCCAGGAUGGUGGAUGAGACCCCAUAAUAUUUUGCUGUUGUCUUUAUGCAUUGCACACACAAGUAUCACGCUGUUAGCUUAACGGCAUGCUAAUGUCAAACUCUCCGAAUCCAAGUGCAUGAGCUUCACAUAAGCAACUGGAUAUGUGUGAUGCAGAGUAGGGCUGAAUGAUGAAUCAAAGUAAAAUCGAAAUCACAGUAUGGGUUUGUGCACUUAUCAAAUCACAAAGACUGCAGUUUAAAUGCAUAAAUAUAUGUUGGAAGUUUCUGAGUGAAAUUAUGGUCAGUGCUUUCAGCUGCUUAUAAAACAUUUAUAAACCUGCAGCCAAGAAAGGAGGAGCUUUAAAGUCGGCAUGAAACAGAAGUUACGAUUGUAUUUUCUUCCCUAUUGUUACUUCUCUGGAAAAACAAAAGCAUUGGGCGGGGCUCGGUUUUGUUCUUUGGGAAUUGAUUAGAUCAUUGUCAUCUGCUGUUGCUGCAGUCUCUUGUGAUUGACAGGUUACACACUCGCCGAUGUUGCUGCAAAGCGGGAGGAAAGUUAUUUUUAUUAAAGAUUGAUUCAGUUAAUUUAAGAAUAAAAAUAACCAUGCACAUGGAUAAAUCAUAAAAUAAUCACUGCAGUAGCAGUAUACCAUAAAAAUUAAGAUUAGUCAGUUUUGAUUUAAGGGUCUCCCUGCAGUUUUCCACCAAAGUAAAAGUUCGAUAGGUUUAUAUUUGAUAAGGCUUAGUUUUAUUUUAUUUUACAGAAUUAAAACAGUAUCAUUUACUAUAGUAAUCAAUUUCAUGUUUUAAUAUUUAAUCAUAAGAAUAGUUCUUAUUAAUUUAAUCGCUAUGAGUUUUGUGAAAUUUACAGUAUGAAAUAUACAUAGCAAUCACAAUUCUUAGCAGAAAUAAACAAUACUGUUCCACCAAAUUGUUCAGUCUACAAAAUCCAUCUACACAGAAUGUUGUAAAUACACAGUAAGGCGGCUCAGUAGGUUUUUGAACAGAGCUCUUGUCUUUAUGCUGCUUCCAUUCCAAGUCAGAUUUAGAAGAUGACUUCAGAAAAUAGCAACUCUACCAUUAGGUCUGCAGUGAAACAAUUGUGAACAAAGAACUCUUUUAGCAACCAAAUUAGGGACGCUGUGCUUUACGCCGCUAGCAGUCGUUCUACUAUAAGACUAUGAACAAAGAGAACCAUUUAUCUUGUUUUGUAUGUUUGCUAAACAUGUUGUAUCAUGCAAUGUUGGACCUUUUGACUCCUUGAUGUAUUUUAUUUGCUUAAAAGUUGAAUGUUUGACUGUAAAUCUCUGACUGCCACCAUGUCUGCAUCAUGAACCCUCCACCGUGAGUUUCAAGAGACUUUCAGUUGUGCUUUUCCAAGCAGGAAUGUUAACUUUCCAAGCGAAUGGAAUGCAGCGUAAGUCCCUGUCUCUGAUUGGAUGGGGACACAUCUGGACACAUUAGUAUCUCAUAUGGCUCUGUAGGAAUUGCUCUUUUUCGGUCUCUCUCGUUUGUAUCACCCUCUUUCUCGCCUGUCUCUUCAGCAUCUCAGCCCCUUUUGACACUCGUUCUCAAUAUUCUGCCGUGCUUGUGUGGGUCAUUGAUGCUGACGAUGAUGGCUAUUGCUUGACUGUAUAUCCAUUUGUACAGAGGUUGCCAGUUUUUCUUGGUAUCCUCCUCCUGGCCGUGCUUGAGGUUGGCUCUCAAGGCAGAACAUAAAGAGAUUACGGCGGUGUGUGAGCAUGUGUGUUUGAAUAGAGAGCUCUGAGUCAGUAUUGAUUUUAUAUUUUUUUAUGUGGACCUGUGCUCAACUCUUCUGAAUGACUGAAUGGUGACCCUCUUUUUUUGUUUUGUUUGGCACCUAAAUAAAGUGCAUCUGACACUCA